GGAUUGUAAAAGCUGACCAUCUAGACCUAUAUAAGAGAAAGAGAUUAGAACUAAGAAAAACAAAGAAGUGCAUAGAUUAGCGAGUCUGAUUCAGGAUAUAUGGACAUCAUGAGGACAUAUCUUUGGCUGUUUCUGAGUCUUGCAGUGGUUGAAGGUCUCCCUGUUCAAGACUGGGUACCAUCUGAGGGCCUGGAAUUGCACCAGCAGGAGGAUUUGAAACCUUUUUUCAGAGAAGAGUCAUCUGUGCAGGAGCAACCAGGAAGAUCUAACCUAGUGCAAGAGGAUGGGUCCUUUAAAGGAAAGAGUCUGGUGGAGCCAGAGCCUCUUGGCAACCAAGAGGAAAUAGAUGCUAAUAAAACUCCGAUGCAGAUAGAACCUGUUUCAGAGUCUCAUCUAGAGAGGCAGCUUUGUAAAGGCUUCAUCAUUGAUGGCAAAUGCUACCAGUUCUUCAGUGGACCUAUGAGGGCCUAUGAUGCAGAGUUCUACUGUCAGAACCACUUCCCUAAUGGGCAUUUAGCUUCGGUGACCUCCAGCUAUGUUCAUGGUCUCAUGAUGUUGCUCAUGGAAAGGAAUGGGGGUCACACACGUACAUGGAUUGGAGGCCUGAGAUACCUAGACACUGGACGUUUCAUAUGGCUUGAUGGGGCACAGUGGAACUAUGCUGACUGGUUACCUGGGGAGCCUAAUAACACUGCUGGGGUGGAAAACUGUGUUGAGUUACUGAGCAACUCAAAGUUCAAUGACAUGCCAUGCUGGGAUCUGCGGGCCUACAUCUGCUCCUACCCUAUCUAAGGGUCAGCCAGAGCUAAUUUAGCUAUUCACCUGUAUCUUUUUGUCACAAAGCUGUAACUUGUUUAAUUUUUGGGUUUCUUUUUUAUUGCCAAUAAGUAAAGGUUGAAACACGCCAGAUGGAUGCAAUAAUAGGUUCCUAAUAAUCUCACACAACUAAUUUUCAUUUACUUUGUAUAUAACCAACAUUUUCUUUUCAAUCUAUGUACUGAACAAUUUAUUGACAUCAUAUUCAUUUUGUACAAACUGGUUUAUGAUGCACUAUAUGGAAUCAUAUAGAAUAACACUCUCAAGUGAACGUUAACAAUGUAAUUCUGCACUUGGUUUAAUUGCCUAAUAGGGCAAUAUCACUUUUAUAAAGUCAUAUCUGCUUUAUAAAGACAUUCUUCUUACUAUAUUUGGUAAUAACCAUCACAGGACAACACGAAAUGUUUGAAUCAGGAACAAUGGGAAUAUACAGUAUAUCAGGUGUAUUAGCAAAUUGUAGUCAAGUUUUAAGUGUAAUAGCAAACAUUUCAGAUCAAUAUUGUAAAAAUGAAUGUAAAUCAGCCACAAUGCUCGAGUGGUGUAAAUUGUGUAUUUUCCUAUAUGUCCUUUCUUAUACUGUUUUACCUAAACUCUUAAAGGCUUUAGAGCAAGCAGUGGUUCUAUGCCAGUGCAUCUCAACACCUGGGAUUUUCAUUUUCCAUCCUCUCACCCUGUCCAGAAUUCCUGUUUCUACAUGCCAUCUGCAGGAUAAUUAGACAGCCAACUGGUCCAGAAAGAGCAUUUGUUCUGAGACCAGCAGUCUCCUAUGUUAAUCAUGAUGAAUUAGACCAUGGAUCAUCACUGUUCACUAAAACACAUCACUUCUAUUACCAGUAUCUAGGAUGAAGUUGAUAUUCCGUAGGGGGUUGUUUUGCUUGUGUGUGUGUGUGUGUGUGUGUGUGUGUGGCAAGUGUUGAUUAAAUUGGUGCAUACUUUAAUGCCACAGCUUUUAAGUAACCUCAGUCCUGUCAAAAUAAUGCAUGAGGCUUAUCGCCACUCCCUAUCAAUUUAUCAUUACACACAAACAUGGAUAUAAAUUAAGCCACAAGGAAAUACUUUGUCCUUGUGUUUGAGUCAGUUUUUAUAUUCUACUGCCACAGCUGUUUAUGAACUACUGGGUAUCAGAAUUUACAGCAAUGAUGAACCAACAAAUAAUCUUGUCAUUUAAAAAAGAAAUUAAUACAUGACUUCUUUGAUUUUCUAUUUCUCCCAGACACAAAUACAGUAUAUACAAACAUGCAUAUUAAAAAUAUUUCCUUUUUGUCCCUUACAUGCAGAAAUAUAGACUUAAGAAUUAUAAACACAUUAAUUAUGCAUGAAAUCUUAAUUUGACCUUCAAAUCCAAAAUACUAUUGCUCAAUAAAUUACACUCAAGGAUGAAACUUUUAUUGGCAUUAUAAACCAGGAAACAAUAUUAAACAUUAGAAUUAAGCACAAACAUUUAUGGUACAGUAUAUGUAUAUAAUAUAAUAAUCAUUAACUGUUAGCAAAAUCAGAAACAAUAAAACAACACAACACAUAAAGAAUAAUAAAAAUGCAUUUAGCGUAAAUGAUUUGUCACAUUUAAAGUGUCAUGGUUAACUCAAAUAAUGUACACUAAAGAAAUUUACUGUAAAAAUUUAAACCCAAAUCUGUGCAUGUCCUCAAGUACAAAACACACCUUGUGAUG